UAAAUAAUUAUACUCUUGUCAAUGACUAAACUUUUAUUUGGAGCUAUUUAUUUAUAUCUUGCAGAAUCAUAGGAAGGAUUGUUUCUGAAUAUUUUUUAACAAUGAUCAGGAUGAAAACGAGCUUCAAAGGAGCAACCUUUUUUUUCAAGGAGAUUGGGAUGGACAAUACCAACAUCUCAGAAUCAUUAACAUUUUUCUGGGGAUGCAUAAUAUUACUGCAGCUGUGAACUGAUUAUAUCACUGUCUGUCUCUAGCCCAUUAUGGAAUUAGGGUUUCAUUAAAAAAGAAGGCAUUUCGUCUCACCUAAUCUAACCUUCAAAAAUUCUAGAUUUCUAUCGGAACUAAUUCUAAUUUUCUUUAAAACAAAAGACACACAAUGUUACUUAUCCAUGUUCUCCAGACAUGCUGCCUGACCUGCUGAGUUACUCCAGCACUUUGUGUCUUAUUUUGAAACCAGCAUCUGCAUUUCUUUGUUUCUCCAUUCUAAUCCUCUUUCCUGAUUCAGAGUAGAAUCUUCUAAUAUUUGUGCUUUUGAAUCAAUUUCCCUUCAAAUACUAUUGUUUCAAUCCUGAGAUUGUGAGAGCUCCUGACAACGCUACCACUUAAUUUAAGAGUUGUGAUGAGAGAAGACGGGGCAGUACAUUUCACAGAUUGAUUCAGGGUGGUAGUUGAGACAUUAUGUUGCAUAUCCUAAUAACCAUCUCUUCUGCAUUGAAAACAUUGUAUCCUAAUAAAAUAUAGAAGCAAAAUACUUUGACUCUGGAAAUAUGAAAUAAAAGCACAACUGAUGUAAGUGCAUUAACCUGAAAUGAUAACUUUCUUUCUCUGCAAAUGUUGCCGACCUUUAUUUUCAGAAUUUACUGUUUUUAUUUAGGUUCCUAAAUAUAAUCUCAUUGAAUGACCAGUCUUAAUUGGAGGUCUUCCUGGCCUGCCAGUCCCAUUGUGAUUAGUAAGCUCACCAGUGUUCUCUUUCUUCUUAAUGAUGUUCCAAACAAUUGAUUUUGGAAAGUUUGGCUAAUAUCUCUAAUAAUUUUAUUCUUGUUUCUCAGUCUCAUAAUGACUUAUUUGACUUUCAUUGGCACAACUUUGGUCCUCAUGUUGAUAAACAGCAAUAAACGGUUCCAAAGGCGAUGGGAAGACUAGAGGAAAGACUAGGUGCUGAAAGUUCUCUUAUACCUGCAAUAAGGAGGCAAUUAAACACACCUGAGCAAUUACAAACGCCUGUGAAGCCACGUGUCCCAAACAUUAUGGUGCCCUUAAAUGGAGAGACUAUGUAUAAGCAUAGCUGUAAUUUCUACAUGGUGAAACCAAAAUGUUUAAAAAUACCUUUUAAUAAAAUCUGACAAUGUGCACUUUAACCAAAUGUGUUUUUUUUUAUUACAAAUUUCAAAUUGGGUAGUACAGAGGCAAUUAAAUAAAUGAUGGGUCUCUGUUCCAAAUAUUAUGGAGCCACUGGUAAUCCUCCAACAUUUUCACCACUUCCAAUAAGAUCCCACUACUGGCCACAUCUUCCCAUCUCCACCCCUUUCUGCUUUCCGCCGAGACCGUUCCCUCCGCAGCACCCUGGUCAACUCGUCCCUUCCCACCCAAACCGCCCCCUCCCCAGGACCCAGACAGUCUUUUCAGGUGAAGCAAAGGUUCACUUGCACUUCCUCCAACCUCAUCUACUGUAUCUGCUGUUCCAGUAGUCAACUUCUGUAUAUCGGUGAGACCAAGUGCAGGCUUGGCAUUCAUAUUGCUGAACAUCUCCGCUCAGUCCUCCUAAACCUACCAGAUCUCCCGGUUGCUCAGCAUUUUAACUCCCCCUCCCAUUUCCAAUCUGACCUUUCUGUCCUGGGCCUUCUUCAUUGUCAGAAUGAGGCUCAGUGCAAAUUGGAGGAACAGCACCUCAUAUUUUGCUUGGGUAACUUAUACCCCAGCAGUAUGAACAUUGACUUCUCUAACUUCAAGUAGCCCUUGCUUUCCCUCUCUCUCCAUCCCCUCCCCCCUUCCAUAUAACCAUAUAACAAUUACAGCAUGGAAACAGGCCAUCUCGGCCCUUCUAGUCCGUGCCAAACACUUACUCUCACCUAGUCCCAUCUACCUGCACUCAGACCAUAACCCUCCAUUCCUUUCCCAUCCAUAUACCUAUCCAAUUUAUUUUUAAAUGAUAAAAUCAAACCUGCCUCCACCACUUCCACUGGAAACUCAUUCCACACAGCUACCACUCUCUGAGUAAAGAAGUUCCCCCUCAUGUUACCCCUAAACUUCUGUCCCUUAAUUCUCAAAUCAUGUCAUCUUGUUUGAAUCUUCCCUACUCUCAAUGGAAAAAGCUUAUCCACGUCAACUCUGUCUAUCCCUCUCAUAAUUUUAAAGACCUCUAUCAACCUUCUUAACCUUCUGUGCGCCAAAGAAUAAAGACCUAACUUGUUCAACCUUUCUCUGUAACUUGGGUGCUGAAACCCAGGCAACAUUCUAGUAAAUCUCAUAUGUACUCUCAAUUUUGUUGACAUCUUUCCUAUAAUUUGGCGACCAAAAUUGUAUACCAUACUCCAGAAUUGGCCUCACCAAUGCCUUGUACAAUUUUAACAUUACAUCCCAACUUCUAUACUCAAUGCUCUGAUUUAUAAAGGCCAGCACACCAAAAGCUUUCUUUACCACCCUAUCUACAUGAGAUUCCACCUUCAGGGAACUGUGCAUAGUUAUUCCUAGAUCCCUCUGUUCAACUGCAUUCCUGAAUUCGCUACCAUUUACCAUGUAUUUCCGAGUUCUCCCACCAGUCUUACUGCCUCCGACUACAUUUUAUCUCUGUACUGUCCACUCUCCUGGCAUCACUGAAGAAGGGUCUUGACUCAAAACAUCUCCCAUUCCUUCUCUCCAGAGAUGCUAAUUGCCCCGCUGAUUUACUCCAACACUUUGUGUCUAUCUCCCUUUGCAUCCCUUCCUCAUUUGCUGCUGACAAGUUGAUAUCUGUCUGUAGAUCCUUAAUCAGUGAGCAGUUCAUUAAUUAACCCUGUCCCAACUUAUCAACUGAGACAUUUGAAGGCUUGACCCUAUUUAUAUUCUUUCUCACACCUAGAAUCAAUACAGUUCCUUUGAACAAUUUUUUCCCUAGACUGGAGCAGCGGAGAAGCUAUUUCCAGAAAAAAAUAACAGUUUACAUUUUUGUCAAUACUAUAUCAAAUGCCCAAUGCCAGGAGCUAAAAGGUUUGCCUUGGUGCUGAUAGACUGCAGCCUUAGGUUGGUCAAUAAUCGCUUUAAUGAAUUCUCUGCUAAUAGGAUCAGAACUUCAGAUUCGGAUAAUAAUGGCAUCUGGUACGAGCUUUUUAUUUUGCGAAGUUGAGCUCGGAGGUCAGGGCUGUUGUCUUUUCUGUGCACAGCCCAGUGAUGAGACGUUUGCACUGAAUUCCUGUCUGUGGUCAGUCAGAGCACUGCCAGGAGUAGUUCUCUCCACGAGCAUAGGACACAAUGGCGGUGGCCUUUGCCAUGGUCUCGGUUCAGAUCAAGGAUGUCUUCAAGAGGAAUGGUUUGCUUAUUCUCUCGGUGCUGUCUGUUAUCAUCGGGUGCUCGCUGGGUUUUUACCUGAGGACGAGACAUCUCUCUGAGCAGGAAAUCAAGUAUUUCCAAUUCCCCGGGGAGCUGUUGAUGAGGAUGCUGAAAAUGUUAAUUCUUCCGCUGGUGGUAUCGAGCUUGAUGUCUGGACUGGCUGCUUUAGAUGCAAAAGCUUCAAGUCGACUGGGUCUCAUCACAAUUGCCUACUAUCUUUGGACCACUUUUGUGGCGGUUGUUAUUGGAAUAAUCAUGGUGUCCAUCAUCCAUCCUGGUGGUGCGGCCCAGAAGGAGAGUACUGAAGACAGUGGAAAGCCAAUCAUGAGCUCUGCUGAUGCUUUGUUGGAUCUAAUACGGAAUAUGUUCCCAUCUAAUCUUGUGCAGGCUACAUUUCAGCAGUAUCGAACCAAGAUCGUCCCAAUAGUCAUCUCUGUCAAAGUGUCAGGAUAUGAUACAGCCAAGAGAAUGCCUUUAAUCUAUGGAAUUCAGGCUGACAACGACUCUGAGAUAAUUCACAACAUUUCCUUGGAUAUCACCCCAGCUCCAGAGAUCAUCUACCAAACAGGACCAGGAUCAAGUGAGGGGAUGAAUGUUCUUGGCAUUGUUAUAUUUUCUGCAACAAUGGGUAUUAUGCUCGGGCGAAUGGGGAAGAAUGGAAUGCCAUUGGUCAGCUUCUGUCAAUGCUUGAAUGAAACUGUGAUGAAGAUUGUUGCUAUUGCUACAUGCUAUUUUCCAUUAGGCAUAGUUUUCCUUAUUGCUGGCAAAAUAUUGGAGAUGGAUGAUCCUACAGCCAUUGGAAAGAAACUGGGUUUCUAUGCGAUCACAGUUGUUUGUGGUCUUGUGGUGCACGGGCUAUUUGUUCUUCCCAUGGUGUACCUUUUUAUCACCAAGAAAAAUCCAAUUGUUUAUAUAAGAGGAAUUCUUCAAGCUUUGCUCAUAGCUCUAGCUACUUCCUCAAGCUCUGCCACUUUGCCUAUUACCUUCAAAUGCCUGUUAGAAAACAAUCAUAUUGAUAGAAGAAUUGCAAGAUUUGUUUUGCCAGUGGGAGCUACAAUCAAUAUGGAUGGUACUGCCUUGUACGAAGCUGUUGCGGCAAUAUUUAUAGCACAGGUUAACAACUAUGAACUGGACUUUGGACAAAUUAUUACUGUCAGCAUAACAGCAACGGCAGCCAGUAUAGGUGCAGCAGGGAUUCCACAAGCUGGGCUGGUGACCAUGGUUAUUGUUUUGACAUCAGUUGGCCUUCCCACAGAUGACAUCACUCUAAUAAUUGCAGUGGAUUGGGCAUUGGAUAGAUUUCGAACCAUGAUUAAUGUUCUGGGAGAUGCUCUGGCAGCUGGAAUUAUGGCUCAUAUCUGCCGAAAGAACUUUAUUCAGGAAAAUGAUGAAGUUCCACUGAUUUGUGAAACAAAGCCCGGCAGUAUUAAUCAGAUCUACACCUAUCAGAGAAAUGGAUGUACAAAUGAUGCCAAUAAGGCAGACAAACAACUUUUUACGGUUGCCACAGAUGGAUCCCACAGUGUCCAAAUGGAGCUGGGUCUCAGCAACAAAAAAGAUCAUUGCACCAUUGAAAUAGAUGAAUUGGAGACCAAGGUAUAGUCAGAGGAAUGCACCUCAUGGGAACACUUCUUGCCCUGCUGGUAACAUGUAUGCCUACCUCACAAUUGGAAAUAUUAUAUAUACAUGAGAAAUAAGAAGUGGAACUGAUGGCAGUGCCGAAGAUGCACACUGGUUCAAAUUACUUGUGAAUUACUUUUUUUCCC